AUGCCCACGAGCAAUAUCGGCGGGCAGAUCGAAUAUCCUUCGCAUGGCGACCAUGCCAGGUUCGCAGCGCUGUCCGACGGUCUGCACGAGGAUGAGGCCUGCUUGACUCCAGGCGCGGGCCGUAGUCUCCGCUCAUAUGUGUGA